UAGCCGGAAAAUCUGAUAAUCUUUUCAGAGUCUGACAGAAAGAAGUGUUGAUGUAAAAUGAGAACAGUUCUGUGAGAACGAGUAAUCAAGAACUUCAUAAAAAUGGCGUCAGAUUUAUCUUUUAUAAAAACUUCUCGGGUCAGUCCAGCUUUUUUGCAUGGAAAUUCAACAUCACACACCUGGCCUUUUUCAGCAAUUGCUGAGUUGAUAGACAAUGCGUAUGACCCAGAUGUCAGUGCCUCCGAGUUAUGGAUAGAUAAAAGAAAUAUAAACAAGAAGGAGUGUUUAACAUUUGUGGACAAUGGAAAUGGAAUGAACCAGGAGAAGCUGUACAAGAUGUUGAGUUUUGGUUAUUGUGAAAAAGUCACUGUAGGGAAUGUAAAGCCAAUUGGUUACUAUGGAAAUGGAUUUAAAUCAGGAAGUAUGCGCCUUGGAUUAGAUGGGAUGGUUUUUACACGUUGUCUAACAUCAACCAGUGUUGGAUUCCUUUCACAGACGUACCUGAAAGCUACAAAUGCGGAGGCUGUUGUAGUGCCAAUAGUAACAUGGGAUAUAACUCCUGCAGGCUUAAGCAGAAAUAAUAACUCGGAGAGUAUGACCAACCUGAAGGCUAUACUGAAAUAUUCACUUUUCAAAACAGAAAAAGAACUCAUGACAGAGUUGAAGACAUUAGAGAAGAUGAGGACUGGAACAAAUAUUAUCAUCUUUAAUUUGAAAGAAGACAACACAGAUAAUCUGGAGUUAGAUUUUGUGUCAGACCCUCAUGAUAUCAGGAAUCCAGAAACACCAGUAAUAGAUUUAACAUCCAUUAACCGACCAAUAUACACAGCAUCACCAGAAUACAGGAGAUCUCUUAGGGAAUAUUGUUCUAUAUUAUAUUUGAAACCAAGAAUGAAAAUUGUUAUACGCGGCCAGAAAGUGAAGACCAAGUUGAUAUCUAAAUCAUUGUCACAGACUGAGGUGGACGUCUAUAAACCCACAUGGCUUACUAAGCCAGUGAAGCUGAUAUUUGGGUUUACUAGCAAUAAGGAACCAGACAGUUACGGUCUGAUGAUGUACCAUAAAAACCGACUUAUCAGAGCCUAUGAGAAAAUUGGUUGUCAAAAACAAGCGAAUGAUCAUGGUGUUGGUGUGAUUGGGGUUGUGGAGUGUAACUUUCUAGAUCCAAUACAUAAUAAACAGGAAUUCAACAAGACGGAUAAAUACUUAGCAUUUAUGCAGAAUGCAGCUAACAAGUUAAACGAUUACUUCUACGAGAAGACAAAAUGUGAAAAUCCGAAUUCUAAGUCAAUACCUCAUACCUCGUCACAGCUUCCAGACUGGACUUGGGCACAGUGUGAUAAUUGUCUGAGUUGGAGACGUCUACCAACAGGGUAUAGUGAGAAACUACCAGACAAAUGGUACUGCUACCUUAAUCCAGACGCUCAUUUCAAUCGUUGUGACAUUCCAGAAGAGCCCGAGGAUGAUGACGAGGCAUUACAAACUACAUAUCGUAAAACAUACAAAAAAACUCAGGCUGAGAAAAAUAGACAAGCACGUCUUAUAGAGGAGAGAAAAUUGAGGGAAAAAGAAGAAUCAUUAAAAAGGAAGGAGGAAUUGUUGCAGAAGAAGCUGUAUGAAAUUAACAGAAAGCAGACAGAACUUGAGGAAGUAUCUUCAAGCCAGGACAAAGUAGAUCGAAAACCAACUGUGGCAGAUCUGGACCAUGCGAAAAAGUCAUUAAAAGUUUAUCAGGCGAAGAUGGCAAUGCAGGAGAAAACAAUAAAACAACUGGAAAUACAAAAGAAGCAGAUUGAGCAGAAGUCUACAGCCAUGUUACGUAUGGCAGAGUCGUUACGGUUAACAAAUGUUGCCAGUAAGAAUUUAGAGGAAAAGGUUAAAGACUUGACAGGUACUAGCAGUUCUGCAGUCUCUUCAAGCAGUCAUGCACUUCGUCCACCCCAGAAAAGGAAGAGUACAAGCAAAGAUGAAAGCAGUGGGAAAGUAGCAAAAAUAAAAACAGAGGGAGGAGGAUUUGUAACCAUAAAUUUAGAUGAUGAUCGUGUUGUAGAUCUAACACUUGAUGAAGAUGAUAUUUCUAAUGACAUGGAAGUCGAAAGUAGUGUUUCAUCUGACAAUCAAACUAAAUCUAAAGAUAAGACUUUGGAUAAAAAUACCUCAGUGUCAGUUGAACCUGGAAAUACCACUAAAGACAGUGGUACUGCAGGUGCCGUUGAUCAUGAAAAUACCACACAAGUUAAUGAUACCUCAGAAUUCGUUGAUCCUGAAAACAACUCUCAAGUGAAUGAUACUGAAUUGUCGGUUAAUCCAGAAAAUAAUACUGAAGAUACCUCAGUGUCUGUUGAUCCUGAAAACAACUCAGAAAGCAGUUCUAAAUUAACUGAAGACAAAUCUAAGACUAUUACUCCAGCUACCCAUAAAAGUAUUGUAGAAACACAAACUAAAUCUGAUGCUAGUCUAGGCACUAAAGAAGACAAGGACAAAAACAAAGUAUUAAAAACAAAAGAUGGAAGGCCAGAAGACAAAGAAAUAGAGACAAACAUUAGUGAAACAAUAUCUGAUGACACUAGAACAGAAAAGUGUGAUGAUCAAAAGGGAACAAAUGAUAAAAGAGAUGUAAGUGAAGAGUGUAGUAAUGAUAAAGAAAAUGUUAAAGAGAUAGAUGGUUUUGUUAAGGAAAAAGAUGAUACUGUUAAUGAAAUAAGUGAUGCUAAGAAUAAAGAAGCCAGUGUUGGCACAGAAAGAAUAAAAGAAGACAAGGGUAAAAAGGUUGAUGGAAGUGCUAAUGAUAAAGACAAGGUUGAAGAUGUUAAACCUGAUAAGGAAGAACUGGAUAAAAAGUUGAGCGACAUUAAACCUGAAGAUAAGAUUGAGGCAAUAGAAGAAAAGAAAGUUUUUGUUGCGAAAGGGGUACAGACAGUUCCAACAGUGGUGAAAUUUGCAAGUCCUGAAGAAGUUGCGCUUUUUAAACUGUGUCCAACUGAACAGAAGCAAGUUUUGCUGCAAAAGGCUAGAGAGUUAGAAGAAACAAAAAAGGAAUUGGGGGAGACUCAGACCACAUUGAAGGGCUUACAAGACAAUAUUUGGCAAUUGCUGAAGAUUAUUGUUCCUGAUUUUGAUUAUGGAACCCCUGAAAAUAUUGAAAAAGUUAUUUUAGACUUUAUUCGUGUAAAUGGUGAAGAAAAUAAUAGUCCAUCAACUUCUGGGUAAAAAGUUUUAUGUUGAUGAUUGGUAGAGAUUUUUGUAACAAUAUAAAGUUAUUGUGGCAUUUUUCUUGUAUUCUGCAAUUUUUGCCUAUUAAUUUCCUUUAAUGGAGAAAGUAAGCUUCUAGAAAAAAUGCACAGAAAUAGAAUUUAUGUUGAUGACAGUUUUAGAUAAAAUCAGGAUUUUGAUGUAAGUCUAAGCAUAUGAUAAUAAACUUGAUGCUUUCUGAUCCUUUAGAUUUUCUGUACUAAUUGUUGUGAUAUUACAUGACGGUCAAAGAAGAGCAGUGUGUCUGAUAAUGGAUGUUAUUCAGAAUUCGCCAAAUGUGGGUUUUUCCUAGCUAAUCCCCCGUUACAAACUUUUACCAUUAUAGCUUCACAGUGCACUACCCGUCACAAUAGAUUAGUCAACCUGUUGUGCUUAAUUCCAAAGCUGUAACUGUAAAAGGUUGUUUGUACCCUCGGAUAAGCUGGGAAAACCCCAAAAUAUUCUUAACUCCAUGGUAAGUCUAUGGAAAGAACCCUAUUCUGACCUUUUAUUUGGAUAACAAUAGAUUAAGCCACAAACAAAGACAUGUGCUAUUUUGUUAACAGAGACAUUGUGGUGAAAUUCUUAUUGUAAUCUUUAAUGAGACAGAUUCGGGUUAUAUAAAGAUCUGUGAAAGGUUUUUGUUGUCAAAGUUACAAUUCAUAGUUGUUGUGGAAUAAUUUGUAUAAAAUUGUGAGAAUUUUUAAGUGCUGUGAAUUUCAUAGUGAUUUGUCUCCAAUGUUAAGUUUUAAUUGACUUGAAUUUGAAAAAGAAAACAUGUAUGUGUACAUAUUAUAGAUAUUUUAGUAUAUAAUUGUUUUGUGCAUUCAAAAAUAUCUAUGAAAUAGUGACAGGACAUAUUUGAGUAACUACAGGGCAGAACAUUAUUGUACAGAAAUGAAACAUUAUUAUCAUCACCUUAAAGCAGUAAUGGGUUAAGUCCUUCUAAAUUUAAUAGGAGUUAACCAGUUAUUGCACUAAGGUGAUGUUAUGUUCACCAGUGAAACAGAAAGAAUUUAGCAUUCAGCUUGGGUUGGGAAAAAACACCCCAACCAACCUCCAUAUACUUCAAUAAUACUAAUUUUUUUUUAUUAAGUGCAGAACAUUCAGAAAACUACCAUUAUUUUGACUUUCAUACAAAAUACUCAAUCACUACAACUGUUCUUAUUGCCAAAAAACAACAGAAGCUAAAGAUAUUUUAGGUAAUUGGCCAAUGAGUAACUUUUUGAAAACUUUAAUAACAGGACAUCAAGAAAUAUAUGUUCUGAGAAAUAAGAAUAACAGCAUUUCUGAGGCAUAAUAGGCCUUUAAGCUUGCAUAAGAGCAACAAAGACUGUCUUCCCAAGAUUGUUAAAAUUAUUUUGAUUCAAUAAAUAAGGCCCUUCAAUGGGCCCUGGGAUUGUGAAACCCAUAUAUGUAUUACAAUUGGCGAAAAAUGUAAAUAUUCUUGUAUAAUGUGGAGAGCUAUACAGGGCCAUGGUGCCCCUCUUGUUUAUUGAUAUUGAAAAAUAAGAUUGAUUGUUUUCACUGUACACAGAUUACACAAUGCUUUUAGGCGAUAAAGCUUACAAAUGUAGUUAGUAUUACAUUGUAUUUGAUAAGAUGUUAGUGUUGCCUAUAUAGGUAUUUCCAUAGUAUUAGUUUUAGUAUUUUGUUAAUAAAGUAAGUCAUUGCAAAAAGAUAAUAAGAAUUGAAAUGAGCCUUAGCCAUAAGUAUUUCACAUUUAGACCUAAAAUAAGGGUGACCUAGGAGAGAUGGCCUUGUGGUUAAGGUGUCUACCUCCCAGGGAUUGGGGGAUCAAGCUCUACACUUGUCUUGACCAUGUUUCAUCAUUUAACACGAGUACUUCAUAUAUCCUGGAAUGGAUUUGAGAAUGGUUCAUAUAAGUUGCAAUAGCCUUUUUUUCAUAUGGAGAUCAAUAUAAAAUGAUAACAUUUUGGCACCAGAGAUCAUUGUAAAAGGAUGUCAACAAUGGAUACUUGUUAGUGUCAGAGAUCAAUAUAAAGUUAUGUUGUUUUGAUGACAGAGAUCAAUAUCAAGUGAUGUUGUUUAUGUGCGUGAGAUGAGUGGAAAGUGAUGUCAUUUUGG